AUGAGUGACGAACAAUACGACGCUGCUUUGGAUCUAUUGCGACGAUUGGACCCCAAGAAUGUUUCUGAAAACUUGAACACGCUAUGUCAGCUCAAUCAGGGCCUGGCCGAGGACUUGUUGUCGAGUGUAGACAAGCCGCUUGAGAUCAAGAGCUGCCCUAAAUCGGGCAAGAAGUUCCUCUGCUGUGAUUAUAAUCGGGACGGUAACUCGUACAAGAGUCCAUGGACUGGCGAGUAUAUUCCUCAUGUCCACGACGCGCCUACAUUGAGCGCAGACCUGCGCAAACUGGAGGAGCAGGCAAAUGAGGCCUUUGACACCUAUCGCGAAUUGUACUAUGAGGGUGGUCUUUCCUCCGUGUACCUGUGGGAGCAGGACAAUGGAUUUGCAGGGGUUGUUCUUUUGAAAAAGAAGCUGGAAAAGUCCGGGUGGAACUCCAUUCAUGUCUUUGAUGUCGACGCAAGUGCCGGCCGGCAGGCGAUUUAUCGCAUCACUUCGACAAUUAUUCUUGAUGUUGGCGCCAAAGUUGGCUCCAAGGGCAAGCUUGAUAUCUCUGGUAAUCUGACCCGCCAGACCGAAAAGAAACUGGCAAUUCAGAGCGAGCAGUCCCAUGUCGCCAACAUUGGCACGCUCAUCGAAGAAGUGGAGUUCUCGAUGCGAAACCUGCUCAAUGAGGUGUACUUUAGCAAGACUCGCGAUAUUGUUGGCGACAUUCGCACCGUCGAGCAGCAGAGCGAGCUGAAAGAAGAGCGCGAAAAGCAGCGCAAGGUUGCCGAAGGGUUAGCGUCAAGAUAA